CAUCCAUGAAAUACCUUAUGACUAGUAUUUGGGGAACUUAGACUGUCAGAAUAUGCCUCUUUAAGCCACUCAUCUUUUGAGCGCACAUAGGUGACAACUGUUUUCCUCAGAGGAUUUAUACUAUUCUGAACUCCAUCAAGAAAAGAGAUUUUUGAAGUUAAGGUAAAUUUUUAAAAGAAGGAGAGAAUUCUUACCAGUUGAAUCAGUCACGUGUGAAUUAUUUAUUUUUCCUUGAGAAAUGAUGUGUAUGGGUGGACAAACAGCUUGGGAGGCCGUAGUUAAUUGAGACUUGUGCUGCAGCCUGGAGAAGGUACAUUAAAAAAUUAAGAAUUUGGGGCUUUGUUGGGGUAUAUUAGUCAAAGUGUGACUAGGCAUCCUGAGUUUGUUUUUGUAUUUUAAGUAAAGUUCUGGAACUAAACUGAGUUUGAUGACUGUGAAAUCUUGUUUAAAAAAGUUUUGGGGGGGUUAACAUUUAACAUCCUAUAUAAAAACUUGGCCUAAAAGACACCAGCCCCAAAGUUGGCUUUUAGGUAAAAUAAUUUGUAUUUCCCAAAGUUCUUUAUGAGGGGGAACUGCAAAAAUGAGUUUAUUCUCAAUUCUGCUGGUAAUAUGAAGAUUAGCAUGAAAAAGAGUAGGUUCAAGCUCUAUAUAAAUGUGCAUUUGAAUGUAAAAUAAUUGAAUCCCUGUAAAGUGAAAACAGUCAUGUAAAAUUGAGGAUUAGGGAUCUCUUUGGCCAAGAGCUCAAUGGCAGAAGCUGAAAAGGGGGAAAAGGAGAAGAACCUGUUAACCUAGUUCUUUUCCUUUUUCUUAAACAUUAGAAAAUCAUUUGUGGAAGUGAGGCAGCAGCAAUCAAGUGUGAGAUUGUGUAGAAUUUAGGCUGGGGUCAGGAAAAGGGGCAAGGUUGAUGUGUGAGUUUGUUUUGAUGCUCUUUUCUAUAAAUGCCCGUAUUGAGAACUUAAUUUCAUAGUUUUUGGCCUAUGGGAUUAUAUAUUGACAAAGCUGACUUGCAUAGCUGUUUAAUGUUUUUCUGUUUUUCAGCCAAUCAUAAUAACCCACUAAAUAUAAAUUUGCUAGAAUUACCAGUGUAAUUUAUCCUAGAAACCCAACUUUUCCUGGAGUAGCUUUAAAAAAAAAAAGAUUCUUCUAUUCAGUGUUAUUUGGACUGAAAAUUUCAUUAGACAUUUUGUGUUAUUACAAUGCUUUUCAUUCUUAAGCAAAUGGUACUUUAAAUUAAAGAAGUAAAUUAAUAUAGGGUAAGCUGAUAUGGAUCAGAAGCCCAGGAACAGGGAGGAAAUAAAUCAGAGGAAACAGAAACCAGAUUUUAUGAUAGUUUUCAACAGAUUGAAAAAACGAGUUAAAGACUUCAUAGGAAAAACCUCAGUUGAUAUUUGAUUGGCUUUUUGAAAAAACUGCAUCAGAAUUUAAAAUUGAGACAGAUAUUCCACCAUUGUAAAAGAAAAUGUUACUAACAGUGAUGGCUUAAGCAAAAACUUUAAGAAAGUAAAUCUUGCCCAAAGCCACAUGGUAUAUUCCAAAGCCAGAUGUCAAAUUUUUUUCUGAUUUUCUUGUGUUAUGGAUAACCUGAUAUUUUUGUACAUUUCAUUUAGCCCAGAUAACCGGGGUUUGGUUGGCUUUGUGAAGGGAUGGCCAGAUUUAAAGAAGCAGGCUCAAGCUUUAAGAAGAGGCCAGUCUCAUAAACAAGCUGACUGCAAAGUUUGAAAUCUGAUCAAAUAAGUGACUAGAGGAAACAGGAGUGGCUCAGAAAGGAGGAUCUAAGGCAGAUUACCAAGGACAGGUACAAAGCAAUAAGAAAAGCUUGCCAGGGCUAUGAUCAGGAAAGAAGGAAAUGGGAUCCAUCUUGACAUGAAAGGAAAAAGGCAUAAAAAGAAAAAAUACCCUUCAGUACCUCAGCAACAGGAAGAAAGUAAUGAAACUCCAACUUCUUGAUUGGGGUUAGAUACUUCAUUUGAAGGUAUCACCAAAAAAGUCACAAGAUUUUUUUUUUGGUAAUUACAUACAAAAAUUAAUCUUGGAGGAGGGAUGGAUAAAGUGAAUUAUGAGCAGUUAUAAUUACAUAUAUAAGAAUGUAAAGCUUGAAGUUGCCAAAAAUAAAUUUAAACUAGAGGGGAUCCACUGAAAAUACAGUUGAGUUAUUGGAAAGGGAGAGUUAGGUUAUAAAAAGGUGAAACCAUUAACUCAGUUGAUUUCUGGAUUAAUUAUAGGUAUGAGUCAGUCAAGCAGAGCAUUUAUUAGUGGUAACUAUGUAUAGGUCCUGAGGUGGAUACCGAAACUUAGGGGCACGAGUCCAUGCCCUUAAUGAGGAUUAUGAGAAUUUUAAGGGAGCUAUAUACAUAUGCAAAGAUAAACAGUUAUCAGACAGCAGACAAGGGUGGCAUUCAUGGUAUGAAGGAGAAGGAGAUUGGAGGAAUGGGAGAUCUUUUUCAUAGAGGAGGUAGAAUUUGACCCUGACCUCAAAGGAUGGUUAACCUGUGUAUGGAGUAAAGGAAGGGGAGGGGCAGGGGAUGGCCAUUCAGCUAUCCCUUCAUUCAGCAGAUCUGUUUGGAACCUCUCCUGUGUGCUUGGCACUGUUCUCUGAACCCGGCAAAGAGUGGAAAGUAAGAUAAGGUUUUUGCCCUUAUGGAAUUUACAUUCUAGUGGGAGAAGCAAUAAACAAGUAAACACUUCAUGGAAAAUCUGAUGUCAGAGAGUGAUGUCUUGUGAAAAUAGGAAUGAUCAGAGACAAGGAAAUUACAGAGUGCUAGUUACAGCCCUACUUAUUCUGUGAAUGACCUGUUUUGCCUGUGAUAUGCCUGGUGAAAUGUUAAUGAUUUAACUUUUUAAUAUUUAUCUGCAGCCCGAACCAAUUUGAAUAGACAUCUACACAGUCAUUGACUCCGUCUUUAACCAAUUUUUAAAAAGAAACCUACUUAAUAUUUUGUAGAUUGAAGCAUGCAGGCUUUGCGUUUUCAACUCCUCGUUAACAAUUUUUAUGCAAUUCUGCUGCUGUUGUCUGCUAAGAACCUCAUGUUUUUGCAGUGAGGUUAAUGUCAUUCUUUCCAGUUUACUUAGAGUUGUGAUGUAUUGAGCUGUAUACUUAGAUAUAUUCUCCAUUAGGAACAGUAAUCACAACAGUGCUAUAAAGGGAAGCUAAACUCCCAGGACAGUUUGUUUUGAUGACACCUUGUAUGAGAGCACACAAAACUGAAGGUGGACAGAAAGCAUAAGUCGGCUCUUCAGCGUAGUUACCAGAAAAUGAGGUCAAGGGUGACAUUCCCUCCAGGUCUCGUCUGCAUGAACAAGACAUGAAUAACCCAUUUCACAGAUGAAGAAACUAAGACCUUAGAUUAAUUUAUCCAAAUCCCAAAGCGAGUGGACCUGGAGCAAAGACCUUCUGACUCAUUCUCAGGCUUUUCAGCCCCGUGGCAAGCUGUUGGAGCGAGGGAACAGAGGUAAAGAAUGAUGUAAUGCACUGGCCGCCCCAAAGCAUCUUUUGUUGGAAUGGUUAUUCCAGUCAUCUCUUUAUGAAUCAAAUGUGAGGGGCUGCUUUGUGGACGGAGGCCUUUGCGAGAACACAUCAACGGGAAAGAGAAAGAGACAUUCACUUGGAGGGCUCUCGCCGAAAAUGGGUUUAACUCUGCUCUCGCCAGUCACCACCAGCCUGACCUCAUACACUUCAGUACAAUGGAGUGGCUGAGCCUUUGAGCACACCACCAUUACAUCAUCGUGGCAAAUUAAAGGAAGAGGUGGGAAAAGAGGACUUAUUGUUGUCAUGGCCCAUGAGAUGAUUGGAACUCAAAUUGUUACUGAGAGGCUGGUGGCUCUGCUGGAAAGUGGAACGGAAAAAGUGCUGCUAAUUGAUAGCCGGCCAUUCGUGGAAUACAAUACGUCCCACAUUUUGGAAGCCAUUAAUAUCAACUGCUCCAAGCUUAUGAAGCGAAGGUUGCAACAGGACAAAGUGUUAAUUACGGAGCUCAUCCAGCACUCGGCCAAACAUAAGGUCGACCUUGACUGCAGUCAGAAGGUUGUCGUGUAUGAUCAGAGCUCCCAGGAUGUGGCCUCUCUGGCUUCAGACUGUUUUCUCACUGUCCUCCUGGGUAAACUGGAGAAGAGCUUCAGCUCUGUGCACCUGCUCGCAGGUGGGUUUGCCGAGUUCUCCCGCUGUUUCCCUGGCCUCUGUGAAGGAAAGUCCACCCUAGUCCCCACCUGCAUCUCUCAGCCUUGCUUACCUGUUGCCAACAUCGGGCCAACCCGAAUUCUGCCCAAUCUCUAUCUUGGCUGCCAGCGAGAUGUCCUCAACAAGGAGCUAAUGCAACAGAAUGGGAUUGGUUAUGUUUUAAAUGCCAGCAAUACCUGCCCCAAGCCUGACUUUAUCCCCGAAUCUCAUUUCCUGCGAGUGCCUGUGAAUGAUAGCUUUUGUGAGAAAAUUUUGCCGUGGUUGGACAAAUCAGUGGAUUUUAUUGAGAAAGCAAAAGCCUCCAAUGGAUGUGUCCUCGUGCACUGCUUGGCGGGGAUCUCCCGCUCCGCCACCAUCGCCAUCGCCUACAUCAUGAAGAGGAUGGAUAUGUCCUUGGAUGAAGCUUACAGAUUUGUGAAAGAAAAACGACCUACUAUAUCUCCCAACUUCAAUUUCCUGGGCCAGCUCCUGGACUACGAGAAGAGGAUUAAGAGCCAGACUGGGGCCGCUGGGCCCAAGAGCAAACUGAAGCUGCUGCCCCUGGAAAAGCCAAGCGAGUCAGUUGCCGGGCCCGGCCCCGUGGAGGGCGCACAGGGGAGCCAGCUGCCCCUGGGGCCGCCCCACGGCCGCCCGGCUCCCGCUCUCUCCGAGGGGGCAGGGCCCCGGCCUGCUCCUCCCAGCACGGCCCCCGACGACGGCCCCCUGGUCCAGGCGCUCAACGGGCUCCACCUGCCCCCAGACAGGCUGGAGGACAGCGGCCGCCUCAAGCGCUCCUUCUCGCUGGACAUCAAGUCAGUGUCCCCGACACCCGGCGGUCUCUCAUCCCCCGAGGCUGCCCUGGAGCUCUACAAGCCUGCCGCCUCCGGCCUGGAAGGCGCGGGCAAGCCCUGCCAGUUCUCUCCGGUGCAGGAGGUGUCGGAGCAGACGCCAGAGGCCAGCCCGGACAGCGAGGAGGCCCCGCCGCCCCGGCCCUCUGACGGCAACGGCCAGGGUGCGCGGCCCCGGCCGGGGAGGCCCCUGUGGUCGCCCCUGCACCGCAGCGGGAGCGUGGAGGACCGCGGGCAGCCCCGCUUCCUCUUCGGCCUCUCGGCCAGCCAGCAGCAUCUGGCCACAUCGGCCACGGGGCUGGGCCUGGAGGGCUGGCACUCGGAUCUCCUGGCCCCCCAGACCUCCGCCCCGGCCCUGACCAAGAGCUGGUAUUUUGCGCCAGAGCCCCCCCACUUCUACUCGGCCUCGGCCGUCUACGGGGGCCGCGCGGGCCACCCUGCCUUCAGCUGCAGCCAGCUGCCCACGUGCAGCGGGGACCCCGGGCACUCGGUGCGCCGGCGCCACAAGCCCGGCGACAGGGCCGACUCCCGGCGCAGCUGGCACGAGGAGAGCCCCUUCGAGAAGCAGUUCAAGCGUCGAAGCUGCCAGAUGGAGUUUGGUGAGAGCAUCAGGUCUGAGAACCGGUCGCGGGAGGAACUGGGCAAGGUGGGCAGCCAGUCAAGCUUUUCAGGCAGCAUGGAAAUCAUCGAGGUCUCCUGAGCAGGAGGACACUUGUGACUCUCGUGGACAGGGCUUGUCUUGUUCACGAAAACUAAUUCCCUGUAAAUCUGAAAUAUAUAUAUGUACAUACAUAUUUUUGGAAAAUGGAGCUAUGGUGUAAAAACAACACAUGGAUCCACACCAUUCUUUUUUAACAUCUGCAGUUGAGAGAGCAGCUAAUACUUCUCUCAACACAAAUGGAAGGGCCCAGGCCAGCUUUCCCCCAGACACGUGACACAGUUCUAUGCAAUGGAUUGCACAUCCUCCCGUUCUCACUAGAUUGAGUUCUACUUGGAGUUGGAGGACGGAAGCCCCCACCGUUCUCUUGUUGUGCUACAAAGAGAUCUCAGAUCCUAGUCCUGUCUGGUCCCUUCCGUAGUGCACCUUAGCGCUGAGACUGAGCCAGCCUGUGGGUCGGGCGGGGAGACCCCGUUAGGAACAAAACCUAAUGGUAAAUCCACAAGGAACCAUCAUGUCCAAAGCUGAUGCACAGAUCCAAGCGCACCCGCCAGCCGCUGAGCUGGCCAGCGUCAUUCUGCUGACCGACCAUUAGGGGGCCUUGCCAAGACCUACUUUAGAGCAACCCCAGUACCUCAGACAGAAAGUCGGGGCUUUCACCACUACCAGGUCUGGUGGCCCGGUUUCUAGGCAUUGUGAACAGGUAGGUAGCUAGUCACACUUUUCAACCAAUUUAGACGCCUCUGCAGGCAUUUCCAGUUAGGCCUGGAUGGAAGUGGUCCGGCUCCUCUUCUUCUCGGCUUUGUGAAGAAGGAAGGUGAAGCUAUCUGAGAUCAACUGAACAGCCAGGAAUCUGGCAGCAUCGUGAUUUAAGCUAAUGUUGGGAGGCUAAAUGAGUCUACCUCCCUCUUUCUAAAUCAAAAGAACUGUUCAAGAUGGGCUUGUUAAUCCUGGGAACUAACCUGGUUUCAAGCCAGAUGUGAAUUUAUUUGGUAGCAGAGCAGCACCCCCUUCAAGGUCUCAGCCAUGCUAGGUAUUUUCUAUUUUGGUUUCACUGCACAGAGGUAUUUUGUGGAAAUGGAACAAUAAAGUGGAAUUUUAUUGCAAACUACCAAGAGGCAGAAAACUGUGGAAGGAUAAGAGAAGAUCAAACUACUGAGGAACAGCAGGCAGCUGUUAUUUUCUCAGUGGGUUUUUUUCCCCCUUAGCAUGUGAUAAAGGUGGUAUUUUCUACGAUUUCCUUAGGCUUUCAUACUACUAGGGCUGAGAGGCUUUCGUAAGCCAGAAUGCUCAGAACUAAACGGUAUAGAAAGGUGAGGAGGAGGCGGACAAAUUUUGUUUCAUCGCAAACAGAAUGGGAAGACACACCCACACUAUUCUCAAACUACCCCCGGCAUUUUUUAGUAGAAGGGAUACCAAAAUGGAGCCGGGACCAAGUGGUCUCAGUCCGUACCUACAAUCACUGUAUGGAAUCAACCCUGGCAGCUGAAACUAGGUGAUUAGAACAAGUAAACAGUGAUAGUACUUACCUGCUUUUAAACUUCCUGGCUUGAGUUUUGUCAGCUACAGUCUGGUCCUGUUUUGAAGCCUUAAUUCACGUCAGCAGCUUUUUUUCUUUUUUUUAAGGGUGGUGGGUGGGUGUUCAUGUUGUUCUUUACUGUAAGUGUAGCUAGUUGCUGACUCAUAUCUCAGGUUUUUCUACGUGUGAGAAAUGGACAGUCCUUUGAGUUGGAUGUGACUUCAUGUUUCUUACGGAGACUGCUAAAACCAGCAUAGAAUGACAUGAUUCAAAACUGACUUGAUCGUGACAAUUCUGAGCUUCAUAGAACAUAACUGGUUAUGCACAAAUAAUGGGCUGUGAUCUGGGUGUAAAACGGAGUGAGUAAACUGUAGGGAGCGCAUUGUUACCAUACUGGAAAGGUUCUGCUAAGUUUAGCUUUUCUCUAUACAUGCAAAUUCUGGGUGUAAUCAGACCCAAUUAUCAAGGUUUCACACAUUGAUUUUUGAUGUGUUAUGUACACACGCACCAACCAUGUAACAGCUCCCGGCUUACAGAGUCUGGUCACAACUGUGGAACGUUUUUGAGACGUGAGAGCAAUGGCUCCAGUGCUGUAGUUUCAGGAAGGCUGUGGGAUUUGGUUUUAAUGAGAUCUUUGGGCUGAACUGGCCUUCCAACCUUCGGGAUUUCUCUUGGCCAUGGUCCCCUUCCUUCCUGUGACCAAUGUGGUCCUAUGCUACAGCUUUUAGUUCUUGGUCACUAAUGUCAAAUAAUCUGGAGACUUCCCAGCUGAGGAGACAGCCCUGGAGCCAGCCCUGGAGCCACAUGGGUGUCCAUGGCCCCGGGUGGCUGGUUCUCUGCACCGUGAAUCGGAGGGGGAGCGCUGGAGCCUACCAGAUGAUACAGAAUGGUGAUAUUAAACAGCAGAACUAGACUUUGAUGUGAGAAAUGCUGGAAAAUGGUUUAGGACAUUUGUAAAGUUGGGUGGGAAGAUGUAUAAAUGUUUAAUAUGAAUAUAGUGGUCUUUUGGAGUAAGGCAAGCUGUUGAAUGGUUACAAUUGUGCAUUUCUCAUUCUGAUGUGUCAUGAAUGUUAAUAUGAUGAAAUAAAAUCAAAACUGGUACCUGUUUAUACAUAAA